GGAGGCUGAGGCAGGAGAAUGGUGAGAACCUGGGAGGCGGAGCUUGUAGUGAGCCGAGAUCGUGCCACUGCACUCCAGCCUGGGCGACAGAGCGAGACUCCGUCUCAAAAAUAAAAAAUAGGCCGGGCACAGUGGCUCACGCCUGUAAUCCCAGCACUUUGGGAGGCCAAGGCAGGUGGAUCACCUGAGGUAGGGAGUUCGAGACCAGCCUGGCCAACAUAGGGAAACCCCCUCUCUACUAAAAAUACAAAUAUCAGCCAGGCGUAGUUGCGGGCGCCUGUAAUCCCAGCUACUUGGGAGGCCGAGUAACAAGAAUCGCUUGAACCCAGAAGGCGGACGUUGUCGUGAGCUGAGAUCGCGCCACUGCACUCCUGCCUGGGCGACAAGAGCGAGAGUCCGUCUCAAAAAAAAUAAAAAAUAAAAAUUAGCCAGGUGGCCAGGCACAGUGGCUCACGCCUGUAAUUCCAGCACUUUGGGAGGCCGAGGCAGGUGGAUCACCUCAGAUCGGGAGUUCGAGACCAGCCUGACCAACAUAGAGAAACACCAUCUCUACUAAAAAUACAAAAAUUAGCUGGGCGUGGUGGCAAGCGCCUGUAAUCCCAGCUACUCGGGAGGCUGAGGCAGAAGACUUGCUUGAACCCGGGAGGCGGAAGUCGCAUUGAGCCGAGAUCGCCCCAUUGCAUUCCAGCCUGGGCAACAAGAGGGAAACUCCAUCUCAAAAAAAAAAAAAAAAAAAAAAAGUUAGGCGUGGUGGCACUUGCCUGUAGUUCCAGCUAAUUGGGAAGCUGAGAGGAGAAGAUCGCUGGAGACCAGGAGCUCGAGGCACCUCUGCACUCCAGCCUGGGCAACAGCGAUGAUACCCUGUCUCUAAACAAACAAACAAACACAAACAAACAAAACAAAGAGGAGAGGCCCAGAAAGGAAAAGCUGUGAUUGUUCAGUUUUUCCCGGGGACAUGACUGCAUGACCUGACUAGGCAAUUCCUGCUCCUUGCUGCAAAGGCGGCGAGCCUUGGAUCCAGUCUGAAGCAAGCCCAGUAGUAAUUGAAAAUCUUCCUCUUCUUCGCUUCUCUUUUCCCAAGCUCCAGUCCUAAACUAAGGACUGAGCUCCAACUGACUGAAGCGAAAUUAAAAGAGGAGCCUUGCUCCCUUCCUCGUGCUGGGCGUUGAGCCCCUGCCACCGCCUCAGCGGCCGUCCCUGUCCUGUCAGCCCCGGGCUGCACCCCGCAAGGCUCCUGCUGUUGUCCCCGGAGCAUGGGAGGCUGCUGGGCAUGAGUGGCUUGGUCCUGCAGAAGCUGCGUGGCAGGGAGGGAGUCCAUGGCUGCAGCCAACAAGGGCAGCAAGCCCAGAGUCCAGAGUAUCCACUUUGUGACAGGCCGCGAUGCAGAGGGCUGCCAAAGCCAUGUCCACUUUGAUGAGAAGUUGCAGGACUCGGUGGUCAUGGUCAUCCAGGAGAGCGACAGCAGCUUUCUGGUCAAGGUUCCUGAAGAUCCUGCACAGCAACAUGUCAUGGUUUAGUGGCCUCCUGGUCCCUAAAGUGGAUGAACGGAAAACAGCCUGGGGUGAACGCAAUGGGCAGAAGCGUUCGCGGCGCCGUGGCACUCGGGCAGGUGGCUUCUGCACGCCCCGCUAUAUGAGCUGCCUCCGGGAUGCAGAGCCACCCAGCCCCACCCCUGCGGGCCCCCCUCGGUGCCCCUGGCAGGAUGACGCCUUCAUCCGGAGGGGCGGCCCAGGCAAGGGCAAGGAACUGGGGCUGCGGGCAGUGGCCCUGGGCUUCGAGGACACCGAGGUGACAACGACAGCGGGCGGCACGGCUGAGGUGGCGCCCGACACGGUGCCCAGGAGUGGGCGAUCCUGCUGGCGCCGUCUGGUGCAGGUGUUCCAGUCGAAGCAGUUCCGUUCGGCCAAGCUGGAGCGCCUGUACCAGCGGUACUUCUUCCAGAUGAACCAGAGCAGCCUGACGCUGCUGAUGGCGGUGCUGGUGCUGCUCACGGCCGUGCUGCUGGCUUUCCACGCUGCACCCGCCCGCCCUCAGCCUGCCUAUGUGGCACUGUUGGCCUGCGCCGCCGCCCUGUUCGUGGGGCUCAUGGUGGUGUGUAACCGGCAUAGCUUCCGCCAGGACUCCAUGUGGGUGGUGAGCUACGUGGUGCUGGGCAUCCUGGCGGCCGUGCAGGUCGGAGGCGCCCUCGCUGCAGACCCGCGCAGCCCCUCUGCGGGCAUCUGGUGUCCUGUGUUCUUUGUCUACAUCGCCUACACGCUCCUCCCCAUCCGCAUGCGGGCUGCCGUCCUCAGCGGCCUGGGCCUCUCCACCUUGCAUUUCAUCUUGGCCUGGCAACUUAACCGUGGUGAUGCCUUCCUCUGGAGGCAGCUUGGUGCCAAUGUGCUGCUGUUCCUCUGCACCAACGUCAUUGGCAUCUGCACACACUAUCCAGCAGAGGUGUCUCAGCGCCAGGCCUUUCAGGAGACCCGCGGUUACAUCCAGGCCCGGCUCCACCUGCAGCAUGAGAAUCGGCAGCAGGAGCGGCUGCUGCUGUCGGUAUUGCCCCAGCACGUUGCCAUGGAGAUGAAAGAAGACAUCAACACAAAAAAAGAAGACAUGAUGUUCCACAAGAUCUACAUACAGAAGCAUGACAAUGUCAGCAUCCUGUUUGCAGACAUUGAGGGCUUCACCAGCCUGGCAUCCCAGUGCACUGCGCAGGAGCUGGUCAUGACCCUGAAUGAGCUCUUUGCCCGGUUUGACAAGCUGGCUGCGGAGAAUCACUGCCUGAGGAUCAAGAUCUUGGGGGACUGUUACUACUGUGUGUCAGGGCUGCCAGAGGCCCGGGCCGACCAUGCCCACUGCUGUGUGGAGAUGGGGGUAGACAUGAUCGAGGCCAUCUCGCUGGUACGUGAGGUGACAGGUGUGAAUGUGAACAUGCGCGUGGGCAUCCACAGCGGACGCGUGCACUGCGGCGUCCUUGGCUUGCGGAAAUGGCAGUUCGAUGUGUGGUCCAAUGAUGUGACCCUGGCCAACCACAUGGAGGCAGGAGGCCGGGCUGGCCGCAUCCACAUCACUCGGGCAACACUGCAGUACCUGAAUGGGGACUACGAGGUGGAGCCAGGCCGUGGUGGCGAGCGCAACGCGUACCUCAAGGAGCAGCACAUUGAGACUUUCCUGAUCCUGGGCGCCAGCCAGAAACGGAAAGAGGAGAAGGCCAUGCUGGCCAAGCUGCAGCGGACUCGGGCCAACUCCAUGGAAGGGCUGAUGCCGCGCUGGGUUCCUGAUCGCGCCUUCUCCCGGACCAAGGACUCCAAGGCCUUCCGCCAGAUGGGCAUUGAUGAUUCCAGCAAAGACAACCGGGGCACCCAAGAUGCCCUGAACCCUGAGGAUGAGGUGGAUGAGUUCCUGAGCCGUGCCAUCGAUGCCCGCAGCAUUGAUCAGCUGCGGAAGGACCAUGUGCGCCGGUUUCUGCUCACCUUCCAGAGAGAGGAUCUUGAGAAGAAGUACUCCCGGAAGGUGGAUCCCCGCUUCGGAGCCUACGUUGCCUGUGCCCUGUUGGUCUUCUGCUUCAUCUGCUUCAUCCAGCUUCUCAUCUUCCCACACUCCACCCUGAUGCUUGGGAUCUAUGCCAGCAUCUUCCUGCUACUGCUGAUCACUGUGCUGAUCUGUGCCGUGUACUCCUGUGGUUCUCUGUUCCCUAAGGCCCUGCAACGUCUGUCCCGCAGCAUUGUCCGCUCACGGGCACAUAGCACCGCAGUUGGCAUCUUUUCCGUUCUGCUUGUGUUUACUUCUGCCGUUGCCAACAUGUUCACCUGUAACCACACCCCCAUACGGACCUGUGCAGCGCGGAUGCUGAAUUUAACACCUGCUGACAUCACUGCCUGCCACCUGCAGCAGCUCAAUUACUCUCUGGGCCUGGAUGCUCCCCUGUGUGAGGGCGCCACGCCCACCUGCAGCUUCCCUGAGUACUUCAUCGGGAACGUGCUGCUGAGUCUCUUGGCCAGCUCUGUCUUCCUGCACAUCAGCAGCAUCGGGAAGUUGGCCAUGAUCUUUGUCUUGGGGCUCAUCUACUUGGUGCUGCUUCUGCUGGGUCCCCCAGCCACCAUCUUUGACAACUAUGACCUACUGCUUGGCGUCCAUGGCUUGGCUUCUUCCAAUGAGACCUUUGAUGGGCUGGACUGUCCAGCUGCAGGGAGGGUGGCCCUCAAAUAUAUGACCCCUGUGAUUCUGCUGGUGUUUGCGCUGGCGCUGUAUCUGCAUGCUCAGCAGGUGGAGUCGACUGCCCGCCUAGACUUCCUCUGGAAACUACAGGCAACAGGGGAGAAGGAGGAGAUGGAGGAGCUACAGGCAUACAACCGGAGGCUGCUGCAUAACAUUCUGCCCAAGGACGUGGCGGCCCACUUCCUGGCCCGGGAGCGCCGCAAUGAUGAACUCUACUAUCAGUCGUGUGAGUGUGUGGCUGUUAUGUUUGCCUCCAUUGCCAACUUCUCUGAGUUCUAUGUGGAGCUGGAGGCAAACAAUGAGGGUGUCGAGUGCCUGCGGCUGCUCAACGAGAUCAUCGCUGACUUUGAUGAGAUUAUCAGCGAGGAGCGGUUCCGGCAGCUGGAAAAGAUCAAGACGAUCGGCAGCACCUACAUGGCCGCCUCAGGGCUGAACGCCAGCACCUACGAUCAGGUGGGCCGCUCCCACGUCACUGCCCUGGCUGACUACGCCAUGCGGCUCAUGGAGCAGAUGAAGCACAUCAAUGAGCACUCCUUCAACAAUUUCCAGAUGAAGAUUGGGCUGAACAUGGGCCCAGUCGUGGCAGGUGUCAUCGGGGCUCGGAAGCCACAGUAUGACAUCUGGGGGAACACAGUGAAUGUCUCUAGUCGUAUGGACAGCACGGGGGUCCCCGACCGAAUCCAGGUGACCACGGACCUGUACCAGGUUCUAGCUGCCAAGGGCUACCAGCUGGAGUGUCGAGGGGUGGUCAAGGUGAAGGGCAAGGGGGAGAUGACCACCUACUUCCUCAAUGGGGGCCCCAGCAGUUAGCAGGGCCCAGCCACAAAUUCAGCUGAAAGGACCAAGGUGGGCAUUGAGUGGACUCUGUGCUCACUGGGUGGAGCUGUGGCAGGGGGCACUGAGCCUCCAGACCCUGCUAACCACAAAAGGGAACAUCCCAGCAGGCUGUGCUUGGAUCAUGCUUGUCUGCCCUCAAGCUGGAAAACAAGGGGCUACCUACCAAGAGGAUUAUGCAAGUGACUUUCUUUCUUACUUGGGGUAGGGCUGUUCCCUCUUCAAUCUUCCAGCCUAUGGGAACAGGGGAGGGGUCAGUAGCAGAAGCAGAGGGAGGCCUCUUGCCUGAGGGAUUAAAAUGGCAGCUUGCCAUGACUACCCUUCCCUGUCUGUCUGGGCAGCAGGUUCAGGGCUGAGCCCUUCUUUUCCCUCUUUUUUCCUGGGAAUAUUUUGUACAAUAUUUUGUACAAAGACAGGCAUGAGGAAUGCCUAUUCCAUGCUUGCCUUUGCAAUACCUGCGUCCCCAGCACUGGUCCUGGGCACUUCCCCACCCCAGCCAGGUGUCCCUCCUACGCACAGGGCAGAGGAGGGAGAAGCUCUGGGGAGCCAGCUUUGGCCAUAUUUCAGGAGAAUGUUUCCAUGUGCCAAAUCCUAGUCCCGUGAUCUGUCCCCAAAGGGGAACAAAGGGACCUCUGACAGCUUAGAUUUAGCCCCAGUUCCUGCACGCUCCAGGGAACGGGGUGUCUGGCCUCACUGGUACUGUGAAAAUGCUCAGAGAGCAAGCCUGUGUGUGGGGAUGUCAGGUCAGGAGCUGGAAGUUCACCUGCAGGUGCCAAAGAGCAGGCUGGCCAGGGCUGGGGCGGUGCCAGACUCUGAUCUGAGGACCCCGUCGGGGUCCGGAUCAGGUCACUCCGCCCCAGUGCUCUCUCGCUGUCUGCUGGCAAGGGGGCAUGGAGCAUCUCUCCCUCUUCUGUUGCCAAAUAGAAAAGGGUCAGGGCAUGGAGAAAGAUGACCCUGAUCCCAAACCUGCCCUCCCAAGUCCCUGGCAUUGGGGAGGGCCUGUGUGUUUGUGUAACUGUGUGUGCAUGUUGGUCUUUGUGUGCAUAUCUGUCUUCUAGGUCUGUGUGAGUCCUUGUGCUCCUGCUCCUCAGCUCUCCACCCCAGGUUGCCUCUCUCCUGUGGGCCUCUGUCUUCUGGGAAUAAAGCAGGGUUUCCUAUUUCAGGGGAUGUAGAGAGAUGCCCAGGUUGCACAGGAGUGGGAUGGGGUGUGGUAGCAAAAGGAGGGAGAGGAGUCCUUUUUGUGCCAAAUCCCUAAGUGCCGUUUGGGGGCCAUGUGUGCAGCAUGACUCUCCCUGUCUGUGGCAGGGACCCAAGCGCUUGCUUGAGCCCCAGUGCUCCGUGCCAGCACUUGAACUGUCUGGGGUUUGAUGGACAGAGGCUCAGGAAUUUCCUGGCUUUCCCAGAUAGUGUCCUGGGACAUGGUAUGCUUUGGGGCUGGGGUAGCAUGGAAUCCCUCUGAGGACCCGGAUACUGGUACUACGGGGUGGGGAAGAGGAACCUUAAACUUGGCUUUCCCCAGCCUUCAGCCUGAGUCUAGCAUGUUUCUGACUCCCCAGCCCCUUGUGAAGCCUUGAGGGCUGGCAGAAGGGUUAGGAGGUUGAACUCUAGAUUCCCUUCCUAUCUUUGCCUUCCUUUUACCCCUUUCCCUGUAACCUCCUUGACUCUGGCCUGAAUUUGUUGGUGCCUCAGUUUCUCUGUCUGUACCUAUUUAAGCCAAAGGCACUAGCCUGAAUUUUGCUUGAAGAUCACUUUGUCUUGGAAAUGACUAGAGAGGCAGAGGAGAAGGGUUUCCAGAGUUGCUAGGUUUGGGAGUGGAAGGGGCAGGCAGUGCAUUUGCCCCUCCUCAUGCCCCUUCUGACACCAGCUCCCUGUGGAGGCCUGGUUUCUGGGUACUGCCUCCCUUGGGCAUCUUCAUGCAUCAACCAAAUGGGCCAUCAGGUACUUCAUUAGUCAUGGCAGAAGGAGGGGAAAAGACUUGUUUUUCCAGACAGAAAAUCUACUCCCCUGCCCCCAGCCAUAUCCCUGGAUAGGAAGGGUUAGGAAGAGACUACUUGGUGCCAUGGGGUAGGGGUGAGGGUGUAAGUAGAUCAGAGUGGGAAGACCUCAGCCUUGGGUGGCUUGUCUCUGCUUCUUGCCAGGUGGGAGGGCCUGUCCAUACCCUGGCUCCCCGUACCACAGUGCCAGCCAUGCCCUUCCCCUGGGCUACCAUUGCCCCUUUCCUCACCCAGUUGGUAGAGGAGUCAGGAGGUGGGAGGCCAUGGGCUUUGGUUUUAUAAUAUAACCACUGUGGGGGUGGGGGAGGAUGGUGAACCAUGUAUUUCAGUGAAAUAUUUAAUAUAUUUAAAUAUCAAUAAAAUCAAACUCUUUGUAAAA